AUGGCAGUCUUCAAACUCCGAUUUUUAUUAGUUCCAUUCUUCACAAGCAUCAUGGGAGUGGCAGAAUAUAUGAUGCAAGAUGCAGUACUGAUGAACUACAUCGACCGGCGUUUCCUGUUUUUAGAGAAGAGGCUGGAAAAAUGCAACCAAGACAUACUGGAUUACGUGGAAGAAUUCCGAGACUUUUCAAAGAUGGUACUGUCACGCCUGGCAGGACUGAACAAUUAUAAGGCUGAGGUUAAAAAUGAAGUAGAGAAUUUGCUAACAAGAAUUGAACGAGCACAAAGGGACAUUGACUAUUUUGGAUCUGUCACAGAUUCUAAUACAUGUAUAGAAGUACAUGAAGACCUGGUGAAACAGCAACUAUUUGAAGAAGCAGAAGAAAAAAAGAAACUUAAACUCAUGUUUAAUGCAAGUUGUGACCACAUGCUUGCAGGUAUUAAAUCCCUAAAGAUAGUUAAGAAGACUGGAAAUAAGCACGGCUCUUGGAUGAAAGAUCCUGGCAAAAAGCAUACAAAGAUUUAUUUGUUAAAUGGUUCUGUAAAUAAUGUUGUUUUGGAAUGGGCAAAUAUCAUGACAUUCAUGGAAAGCAAUCAUACACUAAAAGCUCGCAGAGUCACCUUGCCAUUUCCCUGGGAAGGAACUGGCCACAUCAUAUAUCAGGGUUCCCUGUUCUAUCACAGAUAUGGCUCCUUGAAUGAGAUAAUUAAAUUCAAUAUCCAGAAAAGAACUAUAACUGACCAAAUGCUACUGCCAGGGGCUGGAAGGAUUCCUGCCUAUCAGCUUUCUCCAUCUACAAAAAUAGAUCUUGCAAUUGAUGAGCAAGGGCUCUGGGCAAUCCAUGCAGAACCAGAGACUGGAAGAAACAUUGUAAUUACAAAAAUCAACCACAUAACCAUGGCAAUAGAGCACACCUGGGACACAUCAUGCAAUAGCAAGGAUGCUGAAGCAGCUUUCAUGGUGUGCAACAUACUCUAUGUUGUAUACAACUUUCCUAGUGGAGGCACCUCUCGCAUACAAUGCGUUUAUGAUGUCUUGGGUGCUGUAAAUACUUAUGAAAUCCCAGUACUGCACUUUCCAAAACGUCAGGGUAGUCAUUCCACUAUACAUUACAAUCCUAAAGAAAAGCAACUCUUCGCUUGGGGUGAUGGAUUCCAGAUCACUUACAAGCUUCUCACAAAGCAAAAAGUUUAG